AUGGCGUCGAUGAAGACAGAAACUAUAUUCGGAACUUACGCUAGCGGCGGAACCAUUGAUGCAAACACCUACCGAGUCAGCAGAGAGGAAUCGCUGAGGUUGGAGACUGAGAUAGUGAAGGCUAGAGCAAGCAGCCUUCAUGAGUCUGGGUAUCUCAAUGAAGACUUUAAGGUGCACCUCAGAGAGCGCCUCAAACAUGAAACGUACCUCGAAAGAGGGACCAACACCAUCGAUGGAAUCAUUGAGAGACUCACAUACGAGUACUUCGAGAAGACGAUUAAAAGAACAUUCGACUACACUCAAUGCAAUCCUAAGGAGCCAGAAGUUUGGUACCUAGGCGUAACAGGACCUAUUAAAGACGAUGGCAAAGAUUUUGGCUCAGAAUUCGUAAUCGUUAACUCAAACGACGUCACUGGCAUCUUCAUGAAGCGGUUGGAUGCUAUAACUGAAAUCGUGAAAGAGCAGCUUGAUCAAGCGAUGGACAUAGGCUAUGCAGUGGAGAAUGUUGUUAUCGGGGGAUUUGGAAACUCACCAUCUCUCAUAGCGAAACUCAAGGAGUUCUUGGAAGGCUAUCAUCGGGAGAACAAUUGUCACGUCAAAUUGAUGACUUCCCAAGAAGGGACCACCAUCACCAAUGCGGUUUCUGAAGGAGCGGGAAACACAGUUCCGCCUCAGUGGGAGAGUAAUCGUAUCCCCCUCUCUCACACUUUCGAUGUUGAAGCCACUAGUAUCAUCUGCGAAGUGGAAUUUUACCUAAGUCAUCCCAAGAACAAAGACGCCGAGGUAGUCGGCACAGUCGAGGUUGACUUCACCAAGCAUCGAAAUCAACUAGAAGUUGUUCAGCCUGGGUACAAAGACCGUAGACAGAAAGGGAAGAAACAUCUAAGGGUUGACUGGGAGUUGGUUAUCAAGGUCGUAGGCCGCGACUUGGAAUGUAAGUCCUAA